UUUAUACUCGUGCAUGCAUCGAUCACAUUCUUGAUUCUCCACAUCAACACAACAAUUGGUCGUUCUCACGCCAUGCGUGUGAGCAUGUAUUACCAUCUUCUCCUCCAGUUCGUGGUGGCGAUAGCCAUUUCGAGGAGCAGCUGCGUCGUCGCUCUGGACGUGGGGUACUACGCCUCAACGUGCCCCGGUGCCGAGGCGACAGUGCGGCAGGCCAUGGAGCAGCAGUUCUACAACGACAACACCAUCGCCCCCGCCCUCAUCCGCAUGCUCUUCCACGACUGCUUCGUCAGGGGAUGUGACGCGUCGGUUAUGAUCAUCCCGACGGCGGCGCGGUCAUCGGAGCGGGUGGCGAUCCCGAACCAGACGCUACGUGGCUUCAACAUCAUCGACCGUGUCAAGAAGGUGGUCGAGGCUGCCUGCCCCGGCGUAGUCUCCUGCGCCGACACGCUGGCGCUCAUGGCGCGGGACUCCGUCGUCCAUCUCGGCGGCGCCGAGUACGACGUGCCCCUCGGCCGCCGCGACGGGCUCCAGUCCAACGCGUGGGAGGUCAACCUGCCCGCGCCCUUCGCCCCGCUCGACGACGUGCUCGCCGCCUUUGCCUCCAAGGGCUUCUCCGCUGAGGAGACGGUGGUGCUCCUCGGCGGCCACACCGUUGGCGCCACCCACUGCGCCGCCUUCCGCUACCGCCUCAGGAACGCUGACGACGGCACCAUGGACGAGAACCUCCGCCGCGACAUGACCGCCGCGUGCGGCAUGAGCGACAUGGCGCCCGAGGACGACCCCACCGAGUUCCUCGACCCGGGCACCCCAUUCGUCGUCGACAACGCGUGCUUCGGCCAGAUGAUGGGCAACCGGAGCCUGCUGCAGGUGGACCAGGAGGCCGCCACGCACGCCAUCACGGCCGGCCACGUGGCGUACUACGCGGCCAGCCCCGAUGCGUUUCUACUGAGGUUCUCUGAGGUCAUGGCCAAGCUCGCCACCGUCGGCGUGCUCGAGGGUGAUGCCGGCGAGGUUAGGAAGGUGUGCUCUGCGUACAACAAAUGAAUUGUUUCGUCCAUCACUGAGCUCUAGUGAGACAAAUUAGAUUGGUAAUUAACUACAGAAGAAUAGGAAAUUCAUUUUGGUUUCUAGAUAUAGAUGCAUCCACUGUCCAAAAACGUUUUUCAAAAUGUUCAAAAAAAAUCCGAUAUUAAUAUUAGGAUGUACAUCGAGAUUUUCUACGGUUGCGCGCAGAAUUUCGUGGAAAAAGUUUAUUUCUUGUGUCUUGCAUAGAAGGGACAAUUAUAGAGGCACCAAAAUUGCUUUUUCCCGAGACAUGUCGUUAUUUUCUUUUUACAUAGGCCACAAAGAAUGUUCUUUUUCCGUGGAACUUCGUGUGUGAACUAUAGAAUAUCCGGAUGUACACUAGAGGUUGUUUAUCCGAAUUUUUUAACAUUCUGAACUUUAUCUGAAAUACAUUUUUCAUAAUGAGUGCAUGUAUACCUGUGAGCAAAAAUACCAUGUUCCAGAAGAAUUCAGUUCUUAG